UUUUCUGUUUGAGAAGUUUAUAAAUGUCUGAGUUUGUUCCUCAGCCAGAGUCUAAACUGGAUCAUCAGUCGGUUCAGCCGCAGCUUUUCAUGAUGUGUGUGUCGAGGUGUCUGCAGUGUGUCGGCGUGUCUCUGGUUCCCAUGGCGAUCAUCUGCAUGCUGUCCAACAUCCUGCUGCUGCUUCCUGAGCUUAAGAUUCACUUCCUGUUGGAGGGUCAUGUGACCAGAGAGGCCACCUGGGCCACAGGCCUGUGGGGGUCAGGCUUCCUGGUACAUGUAUGGGUUUUACUUGGAGCUCGAGCGUUUGUUCAGAGCAGCAGAACCAGAGGCUGCUGUGCUUUCAGGAGUCAGAUGUUGUGUCAGAUGGUGUACUCCUUUGUGUGUCUGCUGGCUGCUGGCAGCUGUUGUCUUGUCAGUGCCACCGGUCUCUCUCAGGGUCCCCUCUGUCUCUACAACACCAGCGCUGGUCCAACCUGGGGCGUCCCACUGCAACCCCAGCCUGACCAUUUGGGGUACCUCUACAACAGUACUCUGUGGUCUGGAGUGUGUCUGCAGCCCCAUGCUGUGGUUCAGUGGAAUGUAGUUCUGUUCAGUGUGAUGGGGGGCGCCAGCGGGCUGCAGAUUGUCCUCUGUGCAGCCAACAUCCUCAACUCACUGCUGGGACUGAUCCUGGGUCAGGGCUUCUGCCGAAACAAGGUCAGUCCAGUUUCAGUUUAAGACGACCUGUCAUGGAUCCUGAGUGAGGACAUCAGCUGUGACAGAAACUCUUCAUAAUGUCAACUUAUAUAUUUUAUUUUGGCAGGUUCCUCUGAGGGUCACACUUUUUUCAGGUCAAAGCUUGAAACUAAAACAGUUUAUUUUUAAAAGCACUGAUGCACUUUAGAUAAACAAUAACAUUAAGAUCAUUUUGUAAAAACAAGUCAACCUUAUGUUUACGCAAUGAACCACGUUAAUUAUGAAAUAAAGUUUUAUUAUGUAAUGUUUUAUUUAAAAAUUAAUGUAGAAAUCAUCACAUUUUGAAGGAUUACAGUAAAAUAUGGAGGCCUGUUUUGGACUGAAGACGUUUUCGGAGAGUGAGGACAUUUUGGAGACUUGUCUGGUUCUCGCUUCUUAUUUUAGAGUAAAGAUUAUUAGUUGUUUGACAAGGUUAAAGUGAAUUUAUGCCACAAAUCUACCUUUUGAAUAUAAGUCACUCACCCUGCAGGUCUGACAAAUACAGUACUGAUGUAAUGAUGCUGGAUAUCACACACAUCCAUAAUAAGCUUAAUAAUGUGGAUAACAAGUCAGGUUUUCAUUCAGGAUGAUGAUAAAUGUUAAAGUGAAACACACAUCUUUCAGUUCUCAGUACUGGAAUAACACCAGGCCUGUGGACUGUUUAUAUAAAAUAUAUCCUUUCUGUGCUGGAUUUGUUAAAAUUGUAUUUAUAUGUAAACAAAACUUCACAGCACAUUCAGUACAGUAAGUCGGUCACUGAAAAUGGCCCCUGAGACUUGUGAAUUAAUCUUAUUUGUGAAUUUGGACUGUUGAGAAUCCAAGAGUAAAACUGUCUUGACUUGGAAUUUUGAACAAUUUUAACAAAGUGCAGGGGUCACCAAACUGAAAAUUUGUCUGAUACCAUGUAGAAAAAAAAAGAUGUGGAAAUGGCCAUUUCUUAAUAAUGAUAAUAGCAACAAGUAAAAUAACUCACGCUGUAAACGUAAACACAAGCUGAAUAAAUGACAAUAAGAAACACAAAACGAACACAAGUUGACCAUAUCAACUGAUAAUAAUCAUGUAAAAAGAAAAAUAUAAACAUUAUAAAAGUAAAGAAAUAAUGAAUCAGACAUCAUGGAUUAAAUGUUGCGAUAACUACUGUUACUGAGUGAAGGUCACCCGAGUUUUCACUCCGUUAUGGACUGAGUUGUACUGUAGCUAUAGAACAGUGCAUCACAGCAGUCGAGCCUACUUGUAAUAAAAGAUUGUACAAGCAAAAAGAAAAGGUCUGACCUUGGCCUCAUUAUUUAAAUGACAGAAAGCUGUGCUAGUUAUGUUCCUUACGUAUGACUGAAACAGACAGGGUUUGGUCUUCAGCUUUGAACUACAGCACUGGUUUGCAUCAUCACUGUGCUAAGUGAUGAUUUCCUGUUAGUGGUGCUCAUCUUCACAUUUUUCUGUAUGAAUGGCGACCUGUGUGGUGCUGAACAUCCUGUAGGAAGACACUGAU